ACGGGGGGCGGGGAGGCCGCCGAGAGGAGGCGGAGCCGCAAGCCCGCCAGCGCGCCGGGGCCCCGCCGCCGCGGUCGCCUGCGCUCCUCCCCGCUCGCCUCCGCACGCCCCCAACCCCGGCCAGCCUCGCCUCCUCGGCGACGGCGGCUUCCGCCUCUCGUCGCUGCGCUCCCGCAGGAAACGGAAGAAGGCGCAAGCCAUGGAGGGGAACCGGGAUGAGGCGGAGAAAUGUGUCGAGAUCGCCCGGGAGGCCCUGAACGCCGGCAACCGCGAGAAGGCCCAGCGCUUCCUGCAGAAGGCCGAGAAGCUCUACCCACUGCCCUCGGCCCGCGCGCUAUUGGAAAUAAUUAUGAAAAAUGGAAGCACUGCUGGAAAUAGCCCUCAUUGCCGAAAACCGUCAGGUAGUAGUGAUCAAAGCAAGCCUAACUGCACAAAGGACAGCUACUCUGGUAGUGGUGAAAGUGGAAAAGGCUACACCAAAGACCAAGUAGAUGGAGUUCUCAGCAUAAACAAAUGUAAAAAUUACUAUGAAGUACUUGGAGUUACCAAAGAUGCUGGUGAUGAAGAUUUGAAAAAAGCUUAUAGAAAGCUUGCUUUGAAGUUUCAUCCAGACAAAAACCAUGCACCUGGAGCAACAGAUGCUUUUAAAAAGAUUGGAAAUGCUUAUGCGGUUUUAAGCAAUCCAGAAAAACGAAAGCAGUAUGACCUCACAGGCAAUGAAGAACAAGCAUGUAAUCAGCAGAACAAUGGUAGAUUUAAUUUCCAUAGAGGUUGUGAAGCUGAUAUAACUCCAGAAGACUUGUUUAAUAUAUUCUUUGGUGGUGGAUUUCCUUCAGGUAGUGUACAUUCAUUUUCAAAUGGACGAGCUGGCUAUAGCAGUCAACAUCAGCAUCAACAUAGUGGACAUGAAAGAGAAGAAGAAAGAGGAGAUGGAGGUUUUUCUGUGUUUAUCCAGCUGAUGCCCAUUAUUGUAUUGAUCCUCGUGUCAUUAUUAAGCCAAUUGAUGGUCUCUAAUCCUCCUUAUUCCUUAUAUCCCAGAUCUGGAUCAGGGCAAACGAUUAAAAUGCAGACAGAAAACUUGGGUGUCGUUUAUUAUGUCAACAAAGACUUUAAAAAUGAAUAUAAAGGAAUGUUAUUACAAAAGGUAGAAAAGAGUGUGGAAGAAGAUUAUGUGACUAAUAUUCGAAAUAAUUGCUGGAAAGAAAGACAACAAAAAACAGAUAUGCAGUAUGCAGCAAAAGUAUACCAUGAUGAACGACUCCGAAGGAAGGCAGAUGCCUUGAGCAUGGACAACUGUAAAGAAUUGGAGCGGCUGACCAGUAUUUAUAAAGGAGGAUGAACUGGAAUUUUAUUUAUACCUUUUAGAGUACUCUCUAUUUUUUCUGUAAGUAAGUUUAGUUUCAUCAUGAGAGCUAAAGAAAAAGAUUUGAUGUUGAAAACUAAACUGAACAGUUGGUCCCUGAAAUCUUGGACUGUUUAUGACCUACUGGCUCCUUUAAAUAGUAAGAAACUGAAAACUAAAAUUAAUAUUUUAGUUAUGCUCCUGCAAUUUUUUCACUUUAAAAGCUUAUAUGAUUCCUAACUAAAAAUGUCUUGAGAAAGGAUUAUCACACCUGUAGCCAUUUCUGGUUUUAGAUUCUCAAUUUUUUUCCCUUGUCAUGUAAAUAUUUAUGGAAUGAUCAUUUUCUGUAUAUACAGGUUAUUGCCUUUUUAUUUAAAUUCUUUUGGUGUUUAGCUCCAUGAGACACUUUAGUUUAAAGUGAUGGAAUAAAUGUUUUAUGACGAAAUUACAUUUUCCUUGUCAGAUGUCCAGUGUGUGGAGGUUGCAAUGAAACUUUAUCAAAAAGAAAAGAAAAAACAAAAGUUGUUUAACUUCAUGUAAAAUCUUGUAGCAUUAUCAGCGUAGAGGGAAUCGAUAUUUUUAAUAUUGCCAUUAUAUUCUAAAUUAUAUAUUGAGAUAAAUGAACUGGUGUAAAGUAUCAGUUUGCUAUUUAUUUAGUUUUAUGAAUUGCUAAGCCAUGCAUAGAAAUGAAAUGCUAUACUGAUAGAUUUUAAAGAAAAUAUGAGGAAAUGGCUCUAUAAACAUUAACCAAAAAGGGUCUUCAACAGUAAAUUGCAGUUAUGUCAUUUGCAAUUCCAGUAACUAACAGGCCCCCAAAUGCUCAUAUAUAUACAUCUUUGAAGGCUGCUAAAAUUUAUGAAGAAAAGGGCCUACCUGUUUUACCCCCCAUGGAAAUUUGCAGUUUCUUCUUAGUGAUCAGGAUCCUUAGUAAACAGGAUCCGAAACUAAAUGAGUUCUUAAUAUUGUCUAAGUAAUAGGAAAAAUUACUACUGAAAUGAAGCUUUGUGCCUUUUAACCUGAUUGCCAACUCGUAAACAUAUAGGUAGAUUAACAUGAGACUUACUUGAUCAGAGCAUGAUCUGUUUGGCCAUAUACAGCAGUGAGCAGAAACAUAGCAGUAGGUAGAAUAGUGAUUUAUAGCAAGUUAUCCUUACAAAAAUUUGAGCUAAAAUCUAUUCACCAUUGAGUAAUUCAAUUAAUCCUAUAGGAAUAAGCUCCUUAUAAUUAAAUCCGUAAUAUAAAUUGGAAAAAUCAGCUGGAAAUUGAAGUUUUUGGUGCCUGUAUGUUGGAUGUGAAACUAUUUGAUUUCUAGUCUUCUAUGUUUUUUUUCUUUCUUCUAUGUUUAACAGUUGUAUUUUAAUGAUUUUGCUUUCAUACUCAUUUAACAGAACAUGAGCACAUCUUUGGUUAGGUUUUUUUGUGUGUGAGAGAAUGCUAGUUAGAGUGCAGUGUUCUUUUAUUUAAAGAUUUUUUUCUGAAUGUAAUUUAUAUACCAUCUGUUGAAUAGAACUUCUGAAAUGACCAUUCUUUUUUAAAUGUUCUCUUGUAUCCCCUUUUCCAGGUAAAUCAAUAGAAAUGCUUGAUUGAAUUAGUUGUUUAACUAAACAGCAUACUAUCCUAGGAAAACUGGACAGCUUAACCAACUUUCUUUAGAAAUGCAACCUUAAAAAGAAAAAAUAUCAUGCUUAAAAGAAAAUACAAUUUAAAAUAUUUUCUUCAGCCUAUAGAAUUAGUUUCUUAAAAACAAGGUCAUAGCAUUCUAACUAACUUUGAAAGUUUAUAUGCAUCAGAAAACUUAUACAAAUAUAAAUGAAAAAAUUUCAUCCAUUAUUUUUCCAGUUUUAAUGGGAUAUUUACACUAUUGUGAUUGAUGCUUAUGUGAAUUGAACUCUUGUUGACUGAUUCUUUUUCCCUUAAUCCUGACUUUAAGGGGAUAGGUGAAGUUAUCAAGUUAAGUGAAGUUAUAUAUUGUGAAGUCAUACAUGGCUUUUGGACAGUACUAUAUUUCAGUUGCAUUACAUUUCAUUUCAUAAAAUGCAUUUGAUAAAAUUUUCAAACAACUGUGGGAAAUGACUGAUCGAGUGCCUGACAAUUUAAGCCACAUGUAAAGUAUGCAAGUAAAAAGUAAGUCCUUAAUGUCACCUAUAUCAUGGUGUAAAGGCCCGUCUAAGUGUCUUAGAAUUUUGGGUUAAUUCUACAAAGUAAAAAGACUUCUACUAUCUUUUUGUUUUUAAUCAAAGUGUAUGAUUUACAGUGUCAGCUAUCUUGAGAUGUAAGAUUUUCACAUUUGCUGCUCUUCUAACAAAAAUUCCAUUUUGCCAUCUUAUUUUUAGCUACCUGAGCUUUCCAAUUUAAUUUGAUAACUUGUCCUCUUCAUUUUAAUCAUUGCCUAAAAGCCCUCAAUCUUUGAGUAUUGAUUUACUAGCUUUUCUAACUGGUAUUUUAGAAGUUUGGCAGCAGUUAUAUUUAUUAGUGCUUUACAUUUUUAUCCCUUUUUAAACACAUACACAAACAUCAUUGUCUUUGCGAGGAUUUGGGGGAAAGUAAAUAGUACCUUUUCUCCUCCUCUUUUAAUUCCUUUGUUUCCAAAUAGGUGCUAGUCAUUUGUAAGUUUGGAAUUUAUUGUGAUCAAAUCUGAGAAUUUAAUUCUUAACAAUGAGAAAUAAUAAGUGAAAACAAUAUGUUUUGGGAACAGACUGCAUUUGAAUGCUUAAAUAAGUAUUUGUUUCAUAAUCAUUACAUUCUUAUAUAUGAUAAUUACAAAGAUUUGGUAGAGAAGAGUAAGCCCUUAAGGUAUAUAUAUGCCAGUGCAUUAAACCACUUUGCUUUUAUGUCAGCUCAGGUGUUAUUAGGAACAGGAAGAUAGAAUUCCAGCCCUUUGCUUUAAUUGCACUUUCAUGCUUAAGUGUUCUUCCUGUUAAAUCUUUAGUUAUACUAGUAUGUAAAAUUGUUACUGAGAGAAAUGGUUAACCUCUUGAUUUCCCUUUGUUGACUUGUAAUAUUUUUAAAUGCAGCUGUUAUUUAACAGAUGUGACGUGUUAGUAUUACUUAAUAAUGCAUUCUAACGUAUUUCAUUUAAAAAAUAUCCCACCUGUGUUAAGGCAGUGAAAUAUUUCUAGAUGUUGGCCUGAGGACCAAAUGAGCCGUCUUUUUAGUUAAGUAAGAAUUAUGUCAAAAGACCAAAUGAUUCAAAAGGAGAAUUUGUGCACUUAUUUAGCUUUCCCAUAUGAAGCUUGUGUUCAGUAUUACUCUUACUAUUAUCUGUUUUCAUACUGAGUGAACCAACUGAAAAGGCAUUCAUAAUCUUUUUUCUUUUUUUUUUUUUUUAUGUGGUACACGGGCCUCCCACUGUUGUGGCCUCUCCCGUUGUGGAGCACAGGCUCCGGACGCGCAGGCUCAGCGGCCAUGGCUCACGGGCCCAGCCGCUCCGCGGCAUGUGGGAUCCUCCCGGACCGGGGCAUGAACCCAUGUCCCCUGCAUCGUCAGGUGGACUCUUAACCACUGCACCACCAUGGAAGCCCCAUAAUCUUUUUUCUUAACUGAACAGAAAAUCUUCUGAAAAUGAACAAUAAAUCUUAAUUUUAAUCUGUACUAGAUAGCUGAAAAACCUUGUCUCUUGGCCAUAUUGGACUACUGCCCAAAGUCCAUAAAAUUCUCCAUAAAGCCAUGAAAAAGAAAAGAGAGUAGUCUCACAAUAACUUCAAAGUUUUUUUAAUUCUAAUUUUUAAGUUCAAAGAAGUGGGUAGAAUGAUGAUCUUCAAUAAUUCUUGCACAUUCCUUUAAUAAUCUGGCAGACAAUACAGUCCUCGAAUUCAGGCUUCCUCUUUGUUUUAUUACUAUUAAAUAGACAGUUUCGUAUAAAUGGAAACAUUUUCCCUCAAAACACUAGUUCAAAACAUAUUCCUUAUAUUAAGGAUUAUGUAACCACAUUUUUUGUAACUUCCUGUAUGUAACUUUCCUGUUGAUAUGUGAUUCCUUUUCAUUUAUUUAAUUUUAUUAUCUGCUGGUUUUGGGGCCAAUAGAUUUGUGAAUAUCCUGUGGAUGUGUCCAUGUAUACGUGUGUGUGUGUGUGUGUGUGUGUAUAUAUAUAUAUACACACGUAUAUAUAUAUAUUUUUUCCAGCUAAUACCUCAAAUAUGUGAUUGUUUAAUAUAUACCACAUUAUAUUUGCACAGAGCAGGGCUUCCAUUAGCAGUGGAUUUUCUUAUUUCUAACUUUGAAAAUCAGUCCACAGAAUUUCAUUGGUGUGGAUUCUUUCUGUUGAUCUUUCCCAUAUUUUAACAGAGAUUCCUAUUAUAAGGCCCAUACUUCAAAUAUAAUUGUAUCUUUCUAUAGCAAUCUGGAAGUAUACAGGGGUAAGAAGUGUUUCUUGGAAUGUUUUAGUAAGUUACCAUAAAAAAUUGGAAUUACUCGUUGCCAAGCUGUCUGGUAACUGCAUAACAGAUGACAUCUGGCAUGAAUGUGAAUGUCUCAUUCACUUCAGUCCAUGAGUUGGGACAUUCUAAUCUGAUAUUCUACUUUGCCAUUUAAAAGCACCACUAAAAUAAUAGAGAUUUUUCAAUGACAUCGGAGUAUUUUAAGCAUCAAUUUAAAAAUGAACUGCUUUGGACUGUAUAUGGAUGGAUGACUAUAUCAAUGAGAAGAAAGAAACUCACACAUAAAUAAUAUUUUUAUAAUUUAUUUGUAUUAAGAAAUGCUUCUUACCUUUUUUGUUUAAUUUUUGGGUUGCUACAUAAGACUUUCUUUCCAUAUGAAGUUUAGAUCAUGUUUUUUAAAAGCUGCAGGUAAUUUUCAAGGUGUGAUGGAAUUUUAUUGGAAGCCUUGUGUAAGUUAAAUGAAGUGAAAUUGGUAAAGGAGAUCUUACUUUAUUUGUCUAUAGUGCAUUCAAGAUUAUACAAUUAGAUUUCAAAAUGAAAUGUCAAUGAAAUGUCUGAUUUGUAAAAUAUUUAAUGUUAUAUCAGACUUAUAUAAAAUAAAAUUUUCUGUGUGAGAACUCUGUUAAAGAAAAUGCAUUUGAUUUUUAAUGAGUGUUCUGCUGAAUGAUUUAUGAUGAAUUUUUGUCUUUCAGUCUCUGCAGUUUAUCUCAAUAUAUGAAUAAAAAGAAGGUCUGUUCUCACUGUAAA